UACCUUUGCCAUACGAACUGCCGCGACUCCAGGAUCCUGCAGGGUAAAAUCACCACGUUUGGAGAUACUGAUACCGUGGCUGUUCUUCCAGUAUACCAACAGAAGAAAGGUUUCAACUGUCGCUCUGUUCCAUCUCUGCAAUAUAGCCUAUACUACCUGGCGCUGCUAUUACAAGGGAGGGAAACGAAGGCAAGAGGAGACUAGGCUACACACUGCGACGGGAUUUUGGAUUUCGCAACCAUUGACAACCUUUUGCACACCAAGUGUGUUAUUUUGUCUAUGUCCUGUUUGGGAUAUAUUGUGUUCGUAUUAUCUUAUCUAUAGCAUACGAUUUUUCUUUUUAAGAGCCUCAUAACUGGUAGUAAUCCAGUAUCUGGGCACUAUUCCCACACCAGAGACCCAUACAGUGAUUAUCACAUAGAACGACACACAGGAGCUAUACCUAUCCCGGUUUCACAAUGAGUCAGGGGGAUGUAUCAACUUGCUCAGCGCCUCAGAGGGUAUUCCAAGAGGCGGUGAAGCAAGGCAACACAAAGGAACUUCACUCGUUGCUCCAGAACAUGACAAACUGCGAAUUCAAUGUCAACUCCUUCGGGCCCGAAGGACAGACGGCGUUGCAUCAGUCAGUCAUCGACGGGAAUCUCGAACUUGUAAAACUGCUGGUGAAAUUCGGAGCCGAUAUUCGAUUGGCGAACAGGGAAGGGUGGAGUGCCUUACACAUUGCCGCUUUUGGAGGACACCAAGACAUAGUCCUAUACCUCAUCACUAAGGCAAAGUACUCCUCUGGCGCACGGUGAUCUGCUACACUGCUGUCAGGUAAACACACGGAAAGCCAGGCUUUUGUAAACUUGCGUUUCAAUCUGUACAUAGUUGUUCCAAAUUACAGCCUAAAAACACACAGUAAAUUACCUUUCAUCAAAACCAAAUCCGGGUCUCUCUGACUCGUGAGUCAAACACCACAUGGUUCUUGUAUCUGCUUCAGCAUGAAUCUUGAAAAAAAUAAACGCCAUUUUGGUGGGUUGGUACUAAAAGCUUUUUUUUUUUCUUGAAUGUGUAUAAUAGAUUGGGACAUAUAAAAAUAGCUAAGCCGGUGUUUGGGUCCCGAGGUCAGAUAGCAGCCCAGUUUUACGCGGCGAUGGACGUUACAUCUUUGUUGCCGCUGUUUCAUUGAAACGCUUCUUUAUUGGGCUUUGUUUUUGAGGUGUCGACCUGUAGCCACGCUGUUCACUUGUUAGGACCCUUUUAAAUGAUUUGAUAUACUAAAAAAGAUGGCACUUGAUGCUGUGGCUGCAUGCUGGAAUAGCCUAUAUGAAAGGGAAGAAGAGGUGAGCACGGGGAAUUGAAUGCCAUCGUCUAUUUGGCUUUUAUAUUUCUUUUUUCAAUUAAAGGAUUUGAUCUAUUUCAAAGUGCGGCAUUAUGAUAUAUCCAAUUUGCUUUUCCAGAUGUGUAUUCAUUGCAACAGCAAUGUACCUAAUGUUGUUAAGUACUGU